AUGGCUGCUGGAAGGAAACAGGAAGCCCGGGGCGACGGUACUAGUAGAGGCGAGCUUAGCUUGCCUCCCCGCAUCUUGGCUUUUAUGCAGGACCUUCAAGCUUUUCCCAUGCUGCAUGCUCACUUCAGCUGCUUGUUUGCGGUGCUGGGCCGCGAGCGGGGAGAGGUGUUCUUCCUGGAAGUCGACUGUGGUGGCUUCUCCUGGUCGCUAUUCUUCUGUUGGGAACUCUACGAGAGUGAAGCCCUUCAUCCGGUAGCACCCUUGGCCGUUCAGCUCCUCGAGGUCGAUCGAACCGUUCUCGACGACCACCACGACAACCGUCUAGCGAACAAUAUACCGAGAUUCCUGCUCUCUGCUGUCCGCGUGGCAAUGGCUGCGCCAGACCAGCCCGAUAGUGGCCUGAUCAAUUACGGAAUCAGCUAG